AUGGAAGAGACCGAGCCUACCUUCACCUCGACAAUUAUGAAUGAGGUGAAGCCUCAGAGGUUCCGGAUACCUCCCGUCAUUCAAUACUCCGGGUCUGAUGACCCGUCCGAGCACGUGGAAGCUUAUCGUUCGUGGAUGCAAAUCCAAACAGCAUCAGACGCGAUGAUGUGCAAGAGAUUCUCAAUUACACUCACAGGAUUCGUUCGGAGUUGGUACCGUCAACUCAAGCCUAACUCCAUCGAAUCCUUUGGAAAACUCAGCCGAUUAUUCCUUACCCAAUUCAUAAGCGAUAAGAAGAGUCGGAAGCCAAAUACUCACCUGUUCACCAUCAAACAAGAGCCCAAUGGCUUGAAAGAAGGAAGAUUCACCUUCUCUCUUGGGAAGAAUCAGCAAAAGACAUUAACUGGCCUCAUUGCCAGAGCUCAGAAGUACACUAAUACUGAGGAGUUCACCAACGCCCGCAUGAAUGUCCAAAUAAAAGAUCCGACCGGUAAAGGGAAGAGGCUUAGGAGCGAGGAAUCCCAGCUGUCUGACAAGGGACCCGAUGACCGCGCCCCUCGCGAUCGUCGUCCGAGCAGAAGCCACAAUACAGCCGAUCGUGUGGACCUCAAGGACGAGAUCGAGACCCUUAUUUGCAAGGGUUAUCUUCGUCGUUAUACGAAGGGAGAAAGAACCGCUCAAAGAGAAGAGCGAGAACAGCCGAACAACACCACGGAAGAGCCAACCGAGAUCCGCAUCAUCUUUGGGGGCUCGUCCAGUGGAGGGGAUUCAAACCGAGCUCGAAAAGCACACACUCGGAAGUCCGAUCCGGAGCAUUAUGUCCAUUUGACCAAGCGGCCUAGUAAGGAACUCCGGGUCAGCUCGUGUAGUCUGACCUUUACGAAAGAUGAUGCGCGCAAAAUUCAACACCCAUACGACGAUGCCCUGGUGGUUACCCUGACUAUAGCUAACCACAAGGUAUGCCACAUCUUGGUCAACACCGGAAGCUCAGCCAACGUGAUCUACUCCGAAGACUUUGAAAAAAUGGGGAUUCCAAGGUCACGCCUUAAACCUGUGAAGACCGCCUUGCAUGGCUUUGCCGGAGAAAGGGUAAUCUCUGAAGGAGUCAUUUCCCUCCCCGUGACCGCAGGAGAAGGACAGCAUCAAGCCACCCUCAUGGUGGACUUUCUCGUUGUCAAUGUACCAUCAAUGCACAACAUUAUUUGGGUAGACCUUCUCUCAAUGCGAUGA